CAGCACCGGAAGCCGCUCCCCAGUGAGGCUGCGGACCCAGAGCGGCGGCCGCAGGUCCAGGCGCCAUGGCUGCGGAGCGGACCCGGCCGCUGCGAGGCUCUGGAGGCCCGAGCGCGCCUAGUCGGUGUGAACCCGGCGCGAGGUCCCGGGCCCCGGGGCGCUCGCUCAGGUAAAUUUUUCCAUAACCUUAUGGAGAGAAAGGACUUUGAGACAUGGCUUGAUAACAUUUCUGUUACGUUUCUUUCUCUGACGGACUUGCAGAAAAAUGAAACUCUGGAUCACCUGAUUAGUCUGAGUGGGGCAGUCCAGCUCAGGCAUCUCUCCAAUAACCUGGAGACUCUCCUCAAGCGGGACUUCCUCAAACUCCUUCCCUUGGAGCUCAGUUUUUAUUUGUUAAAAUGGCUUGAUCCUCAGACUUUACUCACAUGCUGCCUCGUCUCUAAACAGUGGAAUAAGGUGAUAAGUGCCUGUACAGAGGUGUGGCAGACUGCUUGUAAAAAUUUGGGCUGGCAGAUAGAUGAUUCUGUUCAGGACGCUUUGCACUGGAAGAAGGUUUAUUUGAAGGCUAUUUUAAGAAUGAAGCAACUGGAGGACCAUGAAGCCUUUGAGACCUCAUCACUAAUUGGACACAGUGCCAGAGUGUAUGCACUUUACUACAAAGAUGGACUUCUUUGUACAGGGUCAGAUGACUUGUCUGCAAAGCUGUGGGAUGUGAGCACAGGGCAGUGCGUUUAUGGCAUCCAGACCCACACUUGUGCAGCGGUGAAGUUUGAUGAACAGAAGCUUGUGACAGGCUCCUUUGACAACACUGUGGCCUGCUGGGAAUGGAGUUCCGGAGCCAGGACCCAGCACUUCCGGGGGCACACGGGGGCGGUGUUUAGUGUGGACUACAAUGAUGAACUGGAUAUCUUGGUGAGUGGCUCUGCAGACUUCACUGUGAAAGUAUGGGCUUUAUCUGCUGGGACAUGCCUGAACACACUCACCGGGCACACGGAAUGGGUCACCAAGGUGGUUUUGCAGAAGUGCAAAGUCAAGUCUCUCUUGCAUAGUCCUGGAGACUACAUCCUUUUAAGUGCAGACAAAUAUGAGAUCAAGAUUUGGCCAAUUGGAAGAGAAAUCAACUGCAAGUGCUUAAAGACAUUGUCUGUCUCUGAGGAUAGAAGUAUCUGCCUGCAGCCAAGACUUCAUUUUGAUGGCAAAUACAUUGUCUGUAGUUCAGCCCUCGGUCUCUACCAGUGGGACUUUGCCAGUUAUGAUAUUCUCAGGGUCAUCAAGACUCCUGAGAUAGCAAACUUGGCCUUGCUUGGCUUUGGAGAUGUCUUUGCCCUGCUGUUUGACAACCGCUUCUUGUACAUCAUGGACUUGCGGACAGAGAGCCUGAUUAGCCGUUGGCCUUUGCCAGAGUACAGGAAAUCAAAGAGAGGUUCAAGCUUCCUGGCAGGCGAAGCGUCCUGGCUGAAUGGACUGGAUGGGCACAAUGACACAGGCUUGGUCUUUGCCACCAGCAUGCCUGACCACAGUAUUCACCUGGUGUUGUGGAAGGAGCACGGCUGACACCACAAACCACCACCACUGACUGACUUUGGGUGCCGGGGCUGCAAGUUUUGAGUGCAACCUCUGUGGCAGCCCACUGCAUGAACCAAAGUUCUCACCUAAUGGUAUCAUCACGCAGUGCACAAUCAUUUAUCUAUGUUUGCCAGGGGCCAGGGCUUAGGGUGGGGGAGGGUUUGUUUUAUUGACAUAUGGCGCAGCAUGCUAAUGGGGUACACCAUUGACUUCAUUUGUACUUAGUUAUGCUGGUCAGGAUAAGAGGAUGCUUUUUUGGUUCAUCUUACUUGAGUGGAAUAUUGGUUUUAAGUAAAGAAAGUGAAAUGGUUCAUUAAUCUGCUAAUUGGUUGCCUAUAAAAAUCACAUUCAGUCUGUUAUUAAAGCUUCUUACCAUAGCCUUUUUUUCUUUUGAAGUUGAAGCAAAGGUGCUAUGAUGUUGUUAUAGCAACUUCUCUUACAUGGGGCUUAGCUUUUGUAAGAGGUAGUGUUAAAAAGACCAUUGAGUCCUGUGACACUCACAAACUUUCCACCAAAUACAAGUUCCACAGAACUUCUGUCUUCCAGUGCAAAUCUAAUUCUAUAAAUUGUUCACAACUCAUUCUAAGCCCUGGUUCUUGGCAGAGUCAGUGUUGGCCAUGGUUAACAUGUGAGGAUCUCUGUAGUUUGUAUUUCCAUGUGGGAAACACUGGUCCCUUCCACCUGCCUUGAUGAUAGCACAGGUGCCAUGGAGUCACUGAACUGUAAGAAGACUGGGUGUUACAUAGGAGCUUUGCAAUGUCAGGCACUUCACUUUUGUGGUCCCCAGAUUCAUUGUCUGUGCACCCAGGUGUUCACCUAAGAUUUCUUCCAGUCCAGCAUCUACUGAAGUGUGCAGAAGUUGAUACUGCAGUUUCGUCUGAUCCCUGAUUCAUUGUUCCUGUCAGGUGGGAGAUGAGUUAUUAAGGAACUUGAUCAUAUGAAAAGGAUGAGUAAAGAGUGAACGUAGAAAAUAUGAGUUUCCACUUAGAAAACUAAGUAAUUCAUGUAGUUGAGGAUGACAGGAGUCUGAGUUCUGUAGGGAGGCAGUCUGCUAAUUGAGAAGGAAAGAUGUCUGAAUCUGACUUGUCAUCUUCCUUUGCUUCAAACUUGACCUGUGGCCUCAGGCAGAUUAACUCCCUCCCCACCAAGGAAUUGUCCUGAGUUAGUAUUUAAAAACCAAAAUGCCUAAGGGAGUCACUAGGUACACAUAAGUGAAUAGAAUGUACUGUGGAGCAUUGUGCGGAACCCUGGAGAGUACAUCUCAGGGCACCUAUUCAGCUCUUACUGUUUUGCCAUUAACUGAAAUAAGCCCAGUGUUGACAGAUUGGGGGUUUUUUGUUGUUGUAUUUUGGUGGGGUUGUGGCAGGGGGACAAGACUGAACAUCUAGAAAUCCUCUGAUUUUAAAAAUAUUGACAACUGAUUGAAGAUAAUUUAAAAUAAGGUAUUCCAAACAAAACAUGUCUAUGUGGUGCCAGUUUGUGUCCUCUGCUCUCUCACUCUGAAGUUAGGUAAUUUUGUGGCAGAGGAAAUGUUGUAACAUAAUUGUCACAAAUAUUAGGAAGAAAGUAGAGGGAGCAUCAGUAAAUGCUGUUCCCCUGUGUUACUAGGGGAGUGAGGAGGUGGCAUAUUUCUUUCCCAGACCUGCCAGGAUGUAGUUUGAACAUGAACGUAAGAAUUGGAACCUCAAUUAAAGCCUCUGCCUAGCAAUAUGACUUAUUCCUUGCUUCCUCCCACAUAGAGCAUAUCUUUUGUCAGCUGGGGGAAAAGGGUUGCUGGCAGAAGUGAGAAUGCAAACUCUAUAGAUUGGGAACCCAGUUCUCCCCAAAUCUGCAUUAGCAUAGAGCAAGAUGGUGGACUUCAGAAUGCUGUGUAGUUAGUAGAGACUUGUGGUUGAUUUCGAGGACUGGUUUAUUGUCAAUAACCAUGUUGAAACUCCAGGGGGAUAAGGCUAAAGAAUAAUAUCUUCCUUAAUAUCCAGUUUAAUCCAUGUCACAUUUGAGUUCUGUGCAUGAACUCUGCUUUGUCCUAGAAAUGGAACUAGAAUUGUAGCUGGAAUCUUUUGCAGAAGCCCAUGGAGACUUUGGACAAUAAGGGUAAAUCACUUUUUCAUUUCCAACCAGCCUGAAUAAAUAAUUUUUGAGAUUACUGGUCUAAAGACCAUCUCUCCCCUCCACGUCAUUUUCAAAUUCAUCCAAUAGCUUCAUUUGUGAAAAAAUUUUUAUUAAAAAUGACUGAUGUGAAACUUUUAAGUUUUUAGUGGUAUGGAAGUUAUUGUCAAGUUGGUGCUGCUGGAUUUUGACAGCAGUACUUAAGACAGUAAUUGGAGUCCUGGCUUUGAUUCUUCCUCACACAGGCCUUUAUUUCACUUGAGCAUUUUAUUUAAUUGCUUUACAGAUGAUGAAUUGAUUGCUAGCUUUUAUAAAAAGUAAAUGGUAAGCUGGGCAUGGUGGUGGACACCUUUAAUUUGGCAACUUGGGAGACUGAGGUAGGAGGAUCACAAGUUCAAGGCCAACUUAGUGAGACUGUCUCAAAGAAAAGAAAAUAGAAGGUAGUUCAUCCUUUUUACAAAAUAAAGCAAGGCAGGGUCAGAGAAAGGAACAGGCAGAGCAUAACUAAAGUUACGCUGUACUUUCUUAGUCUCCUUUGAUUGAGUUGAGGGUUGUCUUGUGUACAUGGUGACUCUGCUUCUUAGCCUAGAGGCAAGGAAAUGACCUUUGCCUCAUCUGUGAAUAUUUUCAUUUCUGAAAAAUUCUAAGUUAUUGAUCUGAUAGCCCAUCCUUUUUUUUUUUUUUUUUAAAUGAGGAUUGAAUGUCUUGGGUGACAUUGGCAUGGCAGAAGCGAGGGGUUUCUGUCUCUUCUCUCAGGUUCAUAAAGGGUACAGUAACAACUUCACUCUCCAGGAGAGAACAGUAGCGCUGAGUGGGUGUGAGGUUUUAGCAGACUUUGUUCCCAUUCCAUUGAAAGGUAGUUUUCUCUGACUCCAUUAUUCGAAGUCAUAAGUGUUGUAAAAUAUGACCCUAACCUGAUCCUUUAAACCUAUCAGAGAAAUAAGAAAGACCCUCCAGUGGAAGGACUGGAGAUUGAGAAAGUUCCACAGGAAGAUACAUAUAUUUGGAUAGGUUUUCAAAAGUGAAACACGAGGGGAGCAUUACUAUUACAAUCUGAGGUUUGGACUUCAUUUCUCAUAGUUUGAAAAUUCUUCCAUUCUGGCAAUUGAAAAUGAUAAAGUUUGAAGAUUAUAUUUUCAUUCUGGUACUGCUAACAGAAUGAUUACUAGUAUGCAUUUGUAAAAUAAGGAGAAAAGAAAAUACCUUUGGAAACAGUAUUGUUUUAGACAUGAAGAAAUUGUAUCGUUUAGGUUAGGCAUUUUGACUUAACGGAAGCAGACAAGGACAGUGGGGCCUGGAUUGAUGCAUUGCUUUAGCCAAAGCCAGCUGACUCACUGAAGCUGUGAUUGUGUUCUGGGUCCGUGGGAGCCUGGGGAUGAAUCUUCUUACUAUCACUCUUACAGUUAUCUGUGCCUCUUCCCUGGGCCCUGGUGUAUGAGCCACUUGCCUUUCUCUGUAGCGAAGUGAGAAGAAUCUGAUUGCUACUCACGGAUGCAGUCUUGGGUAGGGCACACUGAUCCCUUUGCCUUUAGGGACACAGAGUUGUAAGGAUAGGAGAGACGCUCUUUAGGUCUGUCCCCUUGACACAGCUUCUCUACCUGUUUAUGCUGGUGCUUUUGCCAAGAUAAUUGGGACAACGGAGACUCUUGAGAAUUAGGCAGUCACAGAGUAUCUGAUGAAAAGAACAGUUUUAACCUUGACAAAAUGCCUACUGGCCAUCGUUGGCAGUGUCUCUGAACAGAGGCUCCCAUGCCUGCUCUAAGAAAGUGAAAUCUUUCCAGAGUAAAUCCUCCAGUGUAUUUCUGAAUGGUCCUUGCACCACUCCCAUCAGGCUAAGUGAUCAUGCCCAGUGCAAAAUGGUGUUUUGCUGUCAAGUUGUUUCAGUUUCCAGUCUUGCCCAGACCCAGAGCAAUUCAGUUGCUUUGUUAGUAUUUCAGUCCUGACCAGCGUAAACUCAGUUACUGCGGCCCAUGGAUUCCAGCUACUUGUGUUCAUGAGUGUGCCUAAAUAAAAAAUGUUUUUGCAUAUUCAAACCCAGGAAAUUAUUAAUUCAGAUGACAAACUCAAUGUUUUGGUGUCCUUAUACUCACAUAGUGAACAGACAGAUGUAUUUCACUAAUUGAGACAGUACUCUUGAUGAGAGUGCUCAUGGUCCACUUACAUACAGCACCAUGGUAAAAUUCAUCAACUCACGUCUCACUAAUUUUUGAUGUAUGUUGUGAUCUAGAGGGAAUAAGUGAAGUUUAUAUAUGAACUGUGUGGGGUGGGGGUCAGAAGGGAUUACUUAAGCAAAUAGUGGAGUGAUUUGUGAAAUAAGAUGUUUUUAUAAAAUGAGAAGUUAUUUUCAAGCAUCACAGAAUCGUUCUUUCACCCAUGAGUGAUUGUGCUAACUAUAAAUCAUUUAUAUCUAUACGUGAAAGCAGAUUCCCUCAAUUAGGCAACAUUUGGCUAGCCAAGCCCAAGCUAUUGUUUGUACUUGAAAGUAAUAAAGCUGCAUUUCCUUACACA